CCUGGUUUGGCCAGUAGUAAUGAGAUUCAGACCUCGCGCUAGUCAGGAUGAGCCCGGCCCCAUGGUAUAAGGAGAGACUGUCUUCAAAAUGUUUCCGGGAACACAGCAGUAAGAAAGAGAGGUAUUCCGAUGCCCUCAACACGCAGCGGUGGCGAUUUUUGAAAAGCGGCCUGGAUGACUUCAGGCAUGGUUGUCCUCUGAUUUCUGACAACAUCAUCAUCCGUGGCGAAAAGGGACCUCUGCCGGUCAUUCUACGUUACAAGGAACCAGACGCUUUGCAGACCGUUCCAUAUACGCCCCGGGAAUUGCAUAGCAAAAAGGACAUCAGUUUUUCAAAGCUCACUGCAUCUCAGAAAACCAAGAGGGAUUAUAUCGCACAGACUGAGCGCUGCUUGGCUGAACACCCAUUAGUGCUUUAUCCUCAUUUGGAGGAAAGUGUGUCUCCAGAGCUUUUUCGUGAUGUUAUGAAAUACCUGGACACCGAGAUGUACCACAACAGAAGGUUACUUGACGAAUCCAAAUCCAAAGGGAUUCUGCCAACUCUUUCGUAUCAGAUGGAGCAUGUAAUAAAAACAGAUGUGAGGCGUACCUCCACUACCCAGGACUUGAAGCCCCCAAGCAGGAAUCUUUACACAUGGCCUCAUAAAAAAGAGUCGACCGCCAGAGAAGAUGCAUCCAAAAUAGACUACAUUCCUCCCUUGGAUGAGAACAUAAAGCAGAUCACCAAGGAGUUCUGUGACUGGGUCAAUGGUAUGGGAGGUGAAUAUAACAUUGAAGAAGCCACCCUCCUGAAACUCUUUGACACCAGGUAUGAAACCAAACCUGUGACGACAACACCCAUUAGAUUUGUGGAGCUGUAUCACGUGCCGGCAGAACUGAAGCAGUGCCUGGGGAAACCUCCGCCCCUGAAAGUUGGCAAAAGCUCCGUCAAAGCACCUCCUGAACUAAAGCGGGAGAAGAUGAAAUAUGGAUCAUGGUACUUGCCUCCUAAAACAUGGGAAAAACAGGCACAUAGAGAAAAGGCAGCCGUUCCGGAUAUCCUGCAGAAGUUUUUGAAUGCCAGGAAGUAUGGCAAAAAGGAGGAAAAGGAAAAGCAACUACUCUACGGGAUAUAUGCCUUUGAGGAAUUCCUUGAAUUGAAAGGCUAUAGGAAACCUGUGUUUCUUUUGCAGAUGCUGCCCAAGUCUCCAAGUGAAAGGAUGAAAGGUGGAUCUCCCUUGAAGAGGUUUUCUGUCCAUAAACAGAGGACUGUUGACUAUAAAAGAGCAUCUUCCUCAUUCUUUUAAUAUUGGAUUUGAUCUACAAUAUUUUUCCUUCAUUAAA